AUGGAAGAGUCGCCGUCGGAGCAGCGAAGCUACUGGCGGUGGAGCAAGCGAGACUUCUUCCCGGAGAAAUCAUUCGAGGACGGCGAAUCCUACUGCAAGGCGUUGGCUGCUACCUGUCCGCGGCUGAAGGACCGCCUCCUGAACCGCUCGACCGACUCGCACGAGCUGCUCGUGCUUCCGCGCGCCAGCGAGCACCGCAUGAACCGCUGCCUCACCUGGUGGGACCUCACCUGGCUGGCCUUUGGCUCCGUCGUGGGCUCCGGCAUCUUUGUUGUCACUGGUCAGGAGGCCCGCUUCCACGCCGGCCCCGCCAUCGUCCUCUCCUACGCCGCCUCUGGCUUCUCCGCCCUCCUCUCUGCCCUCUGUUACACCGAGUUCGCCGUCGAUGUUCCCGUUGCUGGCGGCUCCUUCUCCUUCCUCCGAAUCGAGCUCGGUGACUUCCUCGCCUUCGUCGCCGCCGGAAAUAUCUUGCUCGAGGCCCUCGUCGGUGCCGCCGGCCUCGGCCGCUCCUGGUCUUCCUACUUCGCCUCUAUGGUGAAAUCCGACCCGGAUUUCUUCCGGAUCCGGAUCGACUCCUUCAAACCUGGAUUCAACCUCCUCGAUCCUUUAGCCGUGGCGGUUCUCCUCAUCACCAACGGCAUUGCUGUUAGCGGCACCCGCAAAACCUCCAUCUUAACCUGGCUCAGUUCCCUCAUCACAACAUUGGUCAUCGCGUUCAUAAUUAUAGUCGGCUUCGUCCACGGAAAAGCCUCCAACUUGACGCCGUUUGCCCCUUACGGCGUUGAGGGCAUUUUCAACGCCGCCGCCGUGGUAUAUUGGUCGUACAGCGGGUUCGACAUGGUGGCUACAAUGGCUGAAGAGACGAAAAAACCUUCCAGGGAUAUCCCUAUUGGUUUGGUUGGAUCAAUGAGCAUGAUUACGGUUAUUUACUGCUUGAUGGCUUUGUCGCUGGUGACCAUGGUUAAGUACUCGGAGAUUGACGUUGACGCUGCUUACUCUGUGGCUUUUGUUCAGAUUGGGAUGACUUGGGCUAAGUACCUUGUGAGCGUUUGUGCGUUGAAGGGAAUGACCACAAGCUUGCUUGUUGGGUCCAUGGGGCAAGCUAGGUACACCACUCAGAUUGCAAGGUCUCACAUGAUCCCACCUUUCUUCGCGCUGGUUCACCCCAAGACCGGAACCCCUGUCAACGCCACUCUCUUGACCACCAUUUGUAGCUCUGUGAUCGCUCUUUUCUCGAGCUUGGAUGUUCUAUCCAGUGUUUUCUCCAUCAGCACGCUUUUCAUUUUCAUGCUUAUGGCGGUUGCGCUGCUUGUGAGGAGGUACUACUCCAGGGAGAGCACUGGCAAGGUUGAGUUAGCGAGAGUUCUGGUGUGCUUGUUGGUUAUUCUGGUUUCUUCUGCCGUUGGAGCUGGGCUUUGGCACACAGGGAAACUGGGUUGGAUCGGUUACACAGUUGCUGCUGGUGUUUGGUUUUUUGGAACGUUGGCUAUGAGUUUGCUUCCCAAGCAGAGAGCCCCCAAAGUGUGGGGGGUUCCCUUGGUUCCCUGGCUUCCCUCCUUGUCCGUUGCCACCAACCUCUUUCUCAUGGGCUCCUUGGGCUCUGAGGCUUUCUGGAGGUUCUUCAUUUGCACUGCUGUCAUGUUCGUGUAUUAUUUUUUUGUGGCUGUUCAUGCAACCUAUGAUGUUGAACAUCAACGUAAUGAUAAUAGUGAACAAGGAAAGAAUGAUGCGGGAAUGGAAGAUGAUGGUAAUGAAGGUGUGGUUUUGCCAUAG